CUGCUCCGUCCUCGUCUCCGCCGGCUGGGAGGCUGCGCGUGAGGAAGGGUCGGCGGCUGAGGCAGAGGCGGAGGCGCUUUCGGAGGCCGAGGCCCGCCGACCAUGGCCUCCCCGGGAGAGGAAGUGACGAGCGAUGAGAGUGGAGAGGAGAGCAACACUAUGAACUUAAUGGAGUUCUCGGAUGAGAUCCUUUUGCACAUCCUGAGGUACACCCCAGUUUCAGACCUUGUCCUGAAUGUCCGAAGAGUCUGCCGGAAGCUUUCUGUUCUUAGCCUCGACAAAAGCCUUACCCACGCUGUGACUCUGCAUAAGGACUAUCAGGUGGACAAGGACCAGGUGAAGCAGCUCAUGCGGGAGAUUGGCAAGGAGAUUCAGGAGCUGAACAUGAGCGGCUGCUAUUGGCUGCCCGGCUCCACCAUCGACCAGGUGACCCGCUGCAGGAACCUGGUGAAGCUGAACCUGUCCGGCUGCAACCUCACCUCCCUCCGCCUCUCCAAGAUGCUGUCUGCCCUGCAGCACCUGCGCUCCCUGGCCAUCGACGUGAACCCGGGCUUUGACGCCUCCCACUUGAGCAGCGAGUGCAAAGCCACGCUGAGUCGCGUGCUGGAGCUCAAGCAGACCCUGUACACGCCCUCCUACGGGGUGGUUCCUUGCUGCACCAGUCUCGAGAAGCUGCUCCUGUACUUUGAGAUCCUGGACCGGUCGCGGGAGGGCUUGAUUAUCUCUGGGCAGCUCAUGGUGGGCGAGAGCAAUGUGCCUCACUACCAGAACCUUCGGGUCUUCUACGCUAGGCUGGCGCCCGGGCCAGUCAACCAGGAGGUGGUGAGGCUGUACUUGGCGGUGCUGAGCGACCGCACACCCGAGAAACUCCACGCCUUCCUCAUUUCUGCCCCUGGCGGCUUCCCCCAGAGCUGCGCUGUGAAAAACCUCUUGGACUCCAUGGCCCGGAACGUGACGCUGGAUGCCUUGCAGCUGCCCGGGUCUUGGAUGAAUGGCUCCAGCCUCCUCCAGCACUUGAAGUUCAGCAACCCUGUCUACUUCAGCUUCAGCCGCUGCAGCUUGUCCGGCAGCCAGCUGGUCCAGAGGGUCCUCAACGGCGGCAAAGACCUCCGCAGCUUAGUCAGCCUGAACCUGAGCGGCUGCGUCCACUGCCUGUCUCCCGACUCCACGCUGCGGAAAGCGGAAGACGAAAUUGACAGCAGCAUCGCCGAGACCCUCGUCGCCUCCUGCUGCCACCUGAGGCACCUGAACUUGUCGUGCGCCCACCACCACAGCUCCGAAGACUUGGGCAGGCACCUGUGCCAGCUCCUCGCUCACCUGAAGUGCCUCCUCUCGCUGGCCUUGCCCGUCUGCUCCAUCGCCGACGUGAGCCCGGUGCCCGCCGACAAGCCGUCCGUGCAGCCGGCGACCAACGCCACCUCCCCGAGUUUUGGGAAGAAAGUCCGGAUCGGGGUGCAGACGUAUCCGCGGAACUGCUUGGAGCAGGGGAAUUCCAGACCCCAGCCCUCCGUGUUUUGGACCCUGCUAGAAAGCCUUCCCUUUCUGCAGCAGCUGGAGCUGAUUGGGUCCAGCUUUUCCUCCGCCAUGCCGCGGAACGAGCCGGCCAUUCGGAACUCGCUGCCUCCCUGCGGCCGGGCCCAGCAUGUGGGGGAUGCCGAAGUGGCCGCCAUUGGCCAGCUGGCCUUCCUGCAGAGCCUCACGCUGGCCCAGCUGCCCAAUAUCCUCACAGGCUCCGGGCUCGUUCACAUUGGGGCCCAGUGCCAGCACCUGCGGACUCUUUCCCUGGCCAACCUGGGCAUGAUGGGCAAAGUGAUGUACAUGCCAGCCCUCGUGGACACGUUGAAGCACUGCAGGUGUUUGCGAGAUCUCAGGCUUGAGCAGCCCUACUUCAACGCCAACGCCCAGUUCUUCCAGGCCCUGAGCCACUGCUCGUCCCUCCAGCGCCUCUGCAUCAUCUCCCGGAGCGGAUCUCUGCAGCCGGACGCUGUGAUGGCCUUCAUGACCGCUUGCCUCGAGGUCAUCAUGUGCCACAUGUUUACCGGGGAGUCUCUCACAGUUUGCAAAACCUUGCAGCAGUCCUUGAUAAAGAGCUUUCAGGCCAGCCGACCCGCCUUGAACGUUGUCAUUUUCCCUCUCCUGCACGAGGACUUGACGGAGGUCAUCCGGGACGUUCCCAUGAUGCACUUGGACGAAAUCACCUUGUUCAAAAGCCGGGUGGCUGAGGAGCCGCCCAACCUGUGGGGGUGAUGGCGGCGCCGGCGCAGCGGAGUGAGAGGCUCGGCAUGAGCGCAAAACAGCUGCUGCUGCUGCUUCUCCUUGGCCAGGCAAUCCGGCCCUUGAGCCUCGCGGGGCCACCCUAUUCCAGUGUUCUGCAACUCAGAUGCCGCUUCGAGGGCAAGCUUGCCAGGGUGCCAGGCAGGCCUUGCGUAUCCCGUUUGGGCAAAAUUUGCCCCCGAAGAAAAAUCUUAAUAUUUAUUGGUUUUAAUUAACAGCCCGCCCCACCCCUGAGGGACUCAGGGUGGGCCACAAUGAGCUGGUGAUUCCUUGCUAUUUAAUACAUGAAUUCUCAUGCAGCUUUAAAUGUAGUUAAAGGGGAGAGGAAUUUAACUUGAAAGAAUGUGCUCCCUUUUCUUCCUCCUCCCGUUACUUAUUCUCGGAGACGGUUGGCUCUUGUGUUUUUUUUUUUGGGGGGGGUCUUCUUCACUCGAAUGUCUUAAGGGACUUUGUAGGUUGACGCAGAGAGUGGACGUGCCUGAGCUUUUAUUUAUUGGGGGGGGUGAUUUUGGUGUGCAUAUGUCCUACAGCUGAUCCUGCCCUCUUAUCUUGAGGGGGGGGGAUAGUUUGUGCCGCUAGGACCUGCUGUGCUGGAUACAAUUCCAGUUUCCAGCUUUUUAGCCAGAGACACCUGGGAUGUUUCUACGCUUGCCUGCUGGGGUGCGGCCAGUUGCCAGGCCAGAGCGUCCUCCAAGUUUCGUAUGCAUCUAAAUAAAAAUAUCCCAGGAAGCUGUUGAGUCACGCAAAAUUUACAGGAUUUCCGUGUCUUCUGGUAGAAGCUCCCUGCUUCCCCCCUCUAGCUCACUGUUCUGUCUCAAGCAUGGCUGCCACGUGGCAGGAAGUUCUCUUGCACAAGCCCCAAUGAAAUGAACGGGUGCUGUGCAGGAACACUCCCAGGUCACUGCACAGGUCACCCUCAUUGAGCUGGGAGCUGCUCUGAAAUGCCCACAGUGCAAAGACUUGUGUCGUUCAGCUUUUACAACCUUGUAGCCGUUUACGGCGCUAAAGAAAAGCAAGCACACCUUGUAAGCAGUGGCUGGCAUUGAGCUCCAAUCCCAAAUUGCCGUUGUGAGCAUAAACACACACACACACACACACACACACACACACACCUCUCUUUACAGCUCCCCAAAUAACCAACCCUUCCUAACAGCUUUUUUGAAAGCAGGCUUUGCCUUUAUCAGGCUAGUUCUGCUGGAGGUGCUAACUUGGACUGACACAAUUUUAUCGAAACCGUGCCAAAAUGCUCCUUUGCCAAGGCCCUCUUCGGGGGCUGUGUGGGCAUUCAACUGUUUUGCCAUGGGGGGGGGUAACCUGGCCCUGGUCCUUCCCUCCAUCGUACCGCAGGGCCCUUCCCACUCCCAUUUUUGCAUUCUCCUAAAACACGAGUGGGGAGCCCGGUGCCCCCUCCAGACGUUGCUGGGACCCCCAGCUCCCCGAGAGCCAGCUUGGUCGCAUUGGUCAGGGGGGCGAUGGGAGCUGCAAGGCCAGAAACAUCUUGGAGGGGGGGCGCAGAGGGUUCCCCACUCCUUUAUUAAAAGGCCCUUCGCUUUCCACGUAGGGGGACGACAGCAGCAACGCUGCAGCUUCUCAUGGGUGCAGAUUUAGGUGUUCUGGAAGCAACGCUGCAUUGUUUGCAAUGGGGGGCAUGGAAGGAGGGGGUAGAAGAAGCCCCCGUCUCCCUCAGUUGCUGUUUCUCAGCUUCUGCUGCUCUUCGCUUGAAGUCGUGGGCCAGCUUGAGUAUCCGUAGCAAUGUGUCUGUUCCAAUGUGAUGCUGGUAUCUGUGUUAAUUGGAUCAACAGUGGAUUUACCUGUCAAAUAUGGCAUAUAAACACUUCUGUACUCACCUUU